AAAAAAGCAACUCUUUUCUUCUCUCAAGAUUCAGUGAGCAUUGCCGCUGUGAUACCUGCAAUGGACAAACUCAACUCCCAUCUCAACCCUCAUACCAGGAACCCAUACCAUCUAGCCAUCAAGGCCCCUAUGAAGCUUGCAUGCAAGAAGAUCAACCACUACUAUUUGAUGACUGAUAUUUCUUCCUUAUACCAAAUUGCAAUGGGUAAGCAUCCAAUCUAUUUUUAUUAUCACAGACAACUCACCUUUACUUAG